CCUAGUCAGAUGUGUCAGGACUAAAGGACUGAAAGUUGUCAAAGACUACUUUGCUUCAUCUUUUGAAACAAAUGAAAGAUUGAGAGAAACCAGUGCGGACUGCUAUUGGAAAAUGGAUCGAUACAAUGAGUUAAAACUUGAGUUGAAGAAGUGGGAGACUUCGUUCUUUGAGAGAAACAGACGGAAGCCAACAAAGGUUGAUGUGGCUUGUGCUUCAGAGGAGACUCAAAAAUUGUACAGAGAAUAUAGAGCUAUCAAGCAAAAUAGGGAAGGACAGACUACAAAGAACAAUCAAAGUGCACAGGUAGAUUCUGGGAGUAACCCCUUGAUGAAAACUAGCCAAAACGAGGUGGCUUCUGAGUGUGAUAUUUGGGGAUUACACCUUAAUCGCCAGAACAGAAAGUUUCAGGAGCUCACGCCAAAGGAGCACAGUGCUCUAAAAGCAUCGGCCCAGUAUUAUGGAAUGAAAUUAAGGGAGAACUUUGGAACAUCAGGAAAGGAAAGGCCAGUUUCUCUCCGUAAGUCGCUGACUUCAAGGAGGACACAGCUGUCCAAAGAGAUCAAUGAUGGGGAGAACGGCCCACUUGUUCGAACACAUUCUGUCACCCUCAAGCCUGCUCAAGAUCUGCAGCUUGCACCUCAAGACUCUCCAAAUAGAUCUGAUCAACUGGAAUUUCAGCAUCCUGCCAUGAAAGAUAUUUCCCCAUCAAAAGUACUCCGAACCCAGACAAGGACUCACCGAACUGUAAAUAAACUACAGCAAUUGCAACAGUGUGUGUCCAGGAGAUUAUCCUCCAUUGAUCUCGGCUGGUUAGACAGAUGCCAGGAGAUAACACAACCAGAUGUUGGAUUGCCCAUAUUGGGCAGACCUUCACUCCCAGCCAAUGGAAAAUACGAUCUCCACUCAGAUCAUGGAAAACCUCCUUCAUUUGGUGACUCUACUUCACAAGCUGAUCACAAACCUCAAAACGUGAAUGACACAGUACACUCUACUUCACAAGUUGAUCACAAAUCUCAAAACGUGAAUGACACAGUACAAGUGGCCAGUGAGCAGUCCCUGCAUCAAAGUGAUUUUUCAACAGUCAAUAAGGGGUCCUGUUCAGUGACUGCUACAUCUCCUUCAGCUGGUGAUACACCCUCCUCAUUGGGUAACGUCUCUUUAAAAGUUAAACAUGAUGAGCUAUCAGUUUCCACUAGUGAUUUUCAGGAUUCUGAAAAGCCUGCAGAAUUAGGGAAUGGCUAUUUCCGAGAUGAUCAUGCUUGCCAAAAAGAUAUUGGCACGGGGACCGUACAAAUUGUAACAAGAACUAGAUUGGAGCAUCAACUAUACACUAACUCAGUGACCAGUAAAAAGAGAAAUUGCGGUGCCCAAGAAUCUUCGCAGGAAAAUUGUGGUGGAGUAGAGAUAGCGACUGAUUGUGAGCACUCUAAAGAGCUAAAUGCUGGGAAAGGCUCACAGGACCUAAAGACAAGCAGCAAAAAGAGACAGAGGACAUUUGCAGCAGGCGCAAUGAGUGCUGACGCUUGUGAAGACCUCGAAGGCAAUGCCAAGAAACGCAGAAAAGCAACGAAACCUUCAAACACUGUCACAGCUCAGAAACGGAAGAAGCGAAUUCUCAGAGCCAGUUGCAAAUCUGUGGCGGAUGACAUCAGCCCAGCUGCAAAUGAGGAUGAGGGGAAACCAAAACCUGAGCUGCCAAAGGAGAAUCUGUACGGAGAUGUAGAAGAGGGGAACCUCUGUUCAGAGGCUCAGAAGAGCAGUGGAGUGAGAAUUGCACAACCUAAAAAGGAUGGAAACUUUGUGAGAAUCAACCUUAAGAAGAAAUCACAUGUCAGAGGUGGAGUGUUACGAGGAGCAUCUCUUCGCAGACAGGUCUGGAAGCAGAAGUGGAAUUUAAAAGGGGAACAUUUUGGUGGUGGUGCUGGUCGAUUCAGCAGAAAGGGAGACAUGUGUUUCCGCUGUGGGGCAACAGGUCACUGGGCCAAGAACUGCAGUGGUCAGGGAUUUAACACUGGGUUUAAAGCAGCAUCUGAAGAGAAAGUGGAAAUGUCUGAGAUGACAGAUGAUGACGUUGCCCCAUUACCAACCCUGGAGGAGGUAGCUCGUUUGACAUCCAUAUGUAACACUGCGAGGGGCACCUUGGCUGCAGAUAAUACAAGGGCGCAACUUGAACCAAUGUCUGCUGCUGAGUUUCAACUGAACACUGCUUGUCCGACGUUUGAGAAACCAAAAGCUCCACCAGCCGUGGAACCUCUCUACAGGCUUGGAGAGGAUGGAAAGGUCAUAGCUACUCCAGCAGAGGUAUUUGAAGCCCUGACAGAGCUCGGGUUCCAUUCAUUCAGACCAGGCCAGGAACUAACCGUGAUGAGGAUUUUAUCAGGUCUUUCUACUUUGGUUGUGCUGUCCACUGGAAUGGGGAAAUCAUUUUGCUACCAGUUACCUGCAUACUUGUAUGCCAAGAGGUCAAAGUGCAUCACCUUGGUGAUUUCACCUCUUGUCUCGCUUAUGGAUGAUCAGGUUUCAGGGCUUCCGUCCAACCUAAAGGCAGUUUGUAUCCACUCCAGUAUGACAAGGACACAGAGGGAAGCAGCUGUUGCAAAGGUGAAAGAGGGUAAGGUCCAUGUGCUGUUGCUCUCCCCAGAGGCACUCGUUGGUGGUGGUCGGGCUGGAUCAAGUUGUCUCCCACCUGCACAUGAACUUCCCCCAGUGGCUUUUGCAUGUAUCGAUGAGGCACACUGUGUCUCAGAAUGGUCUCACAACUUCAGACCGUGCUACCUCCGUCUGUGUAAGGUCCUGAAGGAACGUUUGGGAGUGAAAUGCCUGCUGGGUUUAACAGCCACUGCCACACUAGCGACAGCCCAGAACAUUGCACAUCACCUUGGGAUCCAGGAGCGAGAAGGAAUAGCUGUACGCUCUGCAGAUGUACCAGCCAAUUUGUUUCUCAGUGUGUCUACAGACCGGGAUAGAGAUCAGGCUCUUGUAACUUUGAUCCAAGGUGACCGGUUUGCCUCCUUGGAUUCCAUUAUUAUCUACUGCACACGGAGAGAGGAGACGACCCGCAUCGCAGCCCUGCUUCGGACAUGCCUUCAGGGAGUUACACUAAAGGAGAUGCCACAAGAACAAAACGAGGAGGGGGAGAUGGCUGAGGAAGUCCUAGCAAAAAGAAAGAAAGCUAUAGCAAAAAAGAAGUUGAGGCGGCCUUUAAAGUGGAUUGCUGAUUGCUACCAUGCUGGAAUGUCAGCCAGUGAACGGAGGAGAAUUCAGAACAACUUCAUGAGUGGUCAGCUGCGUAUUGUGGUGGCAACAGUGGCCUUUGGCAUGGGAUUGGAUAAGUCAGAUGUCCGAGGAAUCAUACACUAUAAUAUGCCAAAGGGCUUUGAGAACUAUGUGCAAGAAAUUGGCCGUGCUGGGAGAGACGGGAAGCCUGCCCAUUGCCAUCUCUUCCUCGACCCAGACGGUGGAGAUUUGAAUGAGUUGCGCCGGCACAUUUACGCUGACACUGUGGAUUAUUAUACAGUCAAGAAACUGGUACAGAAAGUAUUCCCACCCUGCAAAUGCCGUCAGAUUUAUCAGAAACAGCAGGGUGUCAGUUGUUGGGCCAUCACAGACGAUGAGUUGCUGGAAAUCCCUGGCCCAUCUGAAGAACUGCCCCCUGAGGGAGACCAGUCCCUCGAAGAAUUUGAUGUAAGUUCUUCAAGGGUCUGCCACAGGCACGAGAGGGCAAUGUCAAUCCAGAAAACUGUCGAGAUGUUAGAUAUCCGAGAGGAAGGGAUUGAAACUUUGCUGUGUUACCUGGAACUGCACCCCCAGCACUGGGUAGAGUUGAUGCACCCAACCUUUUCAACCUGUCGCCUCCAGUGUUACAGCGGACCCAUGCAACUGAGAAACAUAGCAAGGAGAUGUCCUCCUGUGGCUGUGGCUCUUGCCAAAGAGCGCCUGUGUGGUGUGGAUCAUACCCACUCCAAUUCAGUCGAGUUUGAUGUGGUGGAAUUGGCUGAUUCAAUGGGAUGGGAACUACUGCCAGUUAAACGAGAACUAAGGCAACUGCAGUGGACAACAUCUCAAUCUAAGCAAGGGUUUCAAGGCACUGGGAAGAGUGGUGUACUCGUGGAAUUCAGUAACCUAUCCUUCCACUUCCGAUCCUUUGGGGAUCUCGACAAUGAGGAACUGGAUGCAGUUUGUAAGUUCCUGCACCAGCGAGUAUUGGCCCAUGAAAAGACUGCACUAUGUCACCUCAAAGCUUGCUUCAAAUCAUUCCACAGUGUAGCCUUUAAGAACUGCAGCAUCUGUGCAGAUGCUGUUUCGGUGGAGAAGAGCUCACGUUUGAAACAAGUGCUGAAAGAAUAUUUUGAUCAGAAAAAUGAUCAGAGUCAAAGCACGAAUUACUCAGAAGAUGAGGACGAAUUGAGCAGAGCAAAGCUCAAAGACUGGGAAAGUCAGAUCCGAGCUGAUAUCCGACAAUUCUUGUCUAUCCAUCAUGAGGAGAAGUUCUCUGGCAGAGCCAUUGCGAGAAUAUUUCAUGGUAUCGAGAGCCCGUGUUAUCCAGCUCAGGUCUAUGGACGAGAUCGAAGAUUCUGGCGGAAAUAUCUCAACUUUGACUUCAAUGAAAUAAUACGAAUGGCGACAGAGGAAUUGAUCAGAAUGAAGUGAGCUUGAGCAGGCAGAUUCCUAGGGUAGGAUGUCUGUUGCCCAACAUGGUUAGUGCUACUAUUAAACGUCGUAGCUGCUUCUCAACUGUGCCACACAACCUGCCAUCUUACAUUGAGGAACCUCAACACCUUUAUUUGGGAGCAGUGACCUAGCAUUGCCUAGAUCCAUCAUGGUUUUAGUAUAAUUGGCUGCUGUUUUCACCCUGAUCAUCUGCAAACUCUGAUUUUUAGGUUUAUCUUAGCUGUUGACUCAUCACGGAUUUCAGGGCUGUUCCCUCUUCUCAUCUUGCUUCCCAACUCAAAAUCAAACAAGCACAGGAACGUUACUAGCAACCAAGGAAAUGCUAACGUCUGUAUAGCAAGGGGAAGGAACCUUUUGAAAUAGAAUUUGCAAUUGAGACAUGGUCCCUGUAGUGAGCAUAGCAUCCACUGCUCAGAUCCUAUUCACUGUGGUAGGGUUAAAAUCAGAGGGAGCUCUCAGAUGAUGCAUCUGAUUUGUGUCAUGUUAAAUAAAAACCAGAUAGAACUGCAGAUGCUGUAAAAAAAGGAACAAAAACAGACAUUGCUGGAAAAGCUCAGCAGGUCUGGCAGCAUCUGUGAAGAAAAAAUUUAGAGUUAACGUUUCAGGUCUGGUGACCCUUCCUCAUUAGGCUGCAGAGGGAUCCACCAGCAAGUGAUCCUUGGCAAAUAUUAAAUAAUAAAGCAGUUUUGUCAUCACUAAUGCUGAUAGUUGUUUACCAUCUCUAGUUUUUGCUGUGCUAGAGCCACUAAACAUAUCUUAAAAACAAUAAUAACGGAACACUGAAACCCACUUAGAUGAUCCAGAUCUGUCAAGACAGGUAGGCCUUUGGAACAAAUGUUCUGUAAGAAGUGCUUUCGUGAACGACAUUCACCUAAAAUAUUCAUUUCUCUUGGUUAAUAUUAGUGGUCGCGCUGCGCGUUCACAGAUGUUCUGAUUUAUUAUUUCAGGCUUUCAGUUUUUGUAUUUUCCACUGAUUUGUAAAUCUGUGACAAUUUGAAGUAUUUGGCAACUUCCCGUCUGAAUCAAAGUUGUUCAGUUUUUAUGGAGGAC